AUGUAUCCUGUCGACAGGUGCAUGGACUCAUAUCCCUAUCAGACGAAUAAAAUGCAUUACGCCCCACAUUAUCGUCCAAGCUUUGACGAUGUCUCACAACAAGUGAAUGUUCCAGCCAACUCUCGUGCAACAUGUGAAUCUUGGCCUUAUGGUGGCUUUCCAUAUCCUGUGGAAUGUCAUGGCUGCUUUAACCAUAACUAUUUCCCUGGUUACUAUGGUUUCAGACCUCCUUAUCCUUAUUUUCCACUACAAUCAUCGUUUCAAUGUUAUGGAAGUUACCCUGCAUUCCCAGGAACCUAUCCGACUCACUAUUUUCCUCCUCAGUGUGCAAGGGUGCAGCCAAGGUAUGAAUACGCAAAGGAUAUGCCUAGAGACCAUCAUUGCUGUGGAUGUCCUAAUCAUCAAUGCAACCAAAAAGGAGAUAAAAAUCUGAGGAUUGAAGAACAAGAACCCGAUGCUGAAAAGAAAAGCAAUGAUUCCUUGGUUCCUUCCGAGUUGAAAAACUAUCUGUAUCCAGUUAUGUGUUUCCACCUGCAAGGAGGGGAUGAGAGGAGAAGCAAAUGUCAGCAGAAUGAGGAAAAUAGUCCCUUCCCUUUUCCAAUAUAUUGGAUGCCUUACAAGCCUGAGGAAGUGAAAAGAAAAGACCUUAAGGAAACAAAGGGACAACAAAGCGAAGAAAAUUCUGGCAGUGAGGUUGGCUCUAAGGUGAUGGAUAAAAAUGCUGUUAAAAAAAUAAUUCCAGUGAAACAAGUGCAACAGCAUGAGGAAAAGAAGGCUUCUGAAGAAGGUGACAGAGAAGCUAGAGGUGUUCCUGUUAUGCUCUCACGUGCUGAAGAGAAAAUAUCUUCUGAAGAUAGUGCCAAAAGACUGUCUUCUUCCCCGCUAAAGACAGCCAAGUUACCUUCCGUCUGUUUGAGGGUUGAUCCCUUGCCAAGGAGGAAAAGCAAUAAAGGCAGUUCAAGGUCUCCAAGUCCUCCUGGUGACAAGGGUAAGCAAGAGGAGUUGUCAUUAGACGGUUCCAAGUCUCCUACCUCAACUGUAAUGAAAGAAAGCUCUGAACGAAAUAUGCAAUCACCGGAUUGUACACUAGACUACAGCAAGGAGGUAGAGCCCUGCAAAACCAAGACCAAAACUAUUAAAGUUGUUGAAGGGACAGCCAGGCAAGAGAGAAAUGAUUUGGAUGUGGCUCGAACUGAGGGACCUUUUAUCCUGCCCCUUAAAUCUCAGGAAGCCAGACUGGGAGACAACGUUAUGGAGGGGAAGAAUUCUGGUCAAGCAAUUGAGCCAGAAAAGGCAACAUUAGAUGGGCAAAUUUGUGAUGAUGCAUGGCAGAGUGGAGAGGAUAAAGAAGCUACAAAGUCAAAAGAGGAUAACACUGACGAAGCACAUAAAGGAAAGAGGAAGAAAUUAUCAGAUGCUGAAGCCGUUACUAUUAUCCAGUCGGCAUACUGUGGCUUUGAACUGAGGAAAGGGGAACCAUUGAAGAAACUGAAGCAGAUGGCUGAAGUCGGUGAACAAAUGGCCGAGGUUAAGAAAUGUAUUCAUGCUUUUGAAUCUUCAUCCGACCUGGAGGUUGAUGAAAAACAAAAAGCAGCAGUUGGAGAAACUAUAAUGGGCCUUUUACUGAAGCUCGACACCAUUCAGGUAUGUGUACAAGUAAUAUUAGGGCAAAACUAG